CUCUCUCUCUCGUUCCUCCUGGAUCGAUUCCAUCGCCCCGUCGCCUCUCUCUCUCGCGUUUCUCUCCAUCGCUCCCUCACCCCCUCCCGGAUCGAUUCCGUCGAAGCGGCGGCGUCCAGAUGAGCGACCCUUCGAAGCUUCCGACUCCCUCCCUACUGCCGUCGUGCUCCUCCCCACACAUCUCUCCCCGCUCCACGCCGCUCCCCCUCACUUCCGCAACUCCCUGCGGAGUUCCCCAUCCACCAGGAUGCGGGCGCUUCGAUACAGCGGGGGAGGGUUGCGAGCGGUUAGAUCCGAUGCCGGAGGCGGCUCCUUUCGAAGGAUUUGCCUCGAUGGCAGAGUUCGAGGCAGCGGCGGAACAGUUUAGGGUUUUCAUUCAAGAGACGAAAGCCAAGGCGGAGGAGGCGUAUCAGCUUGCGGUUUUGAUCCAAAAGGCGGCGGCGGGAGGGGGCUCAGAUGUGGCAGCGGCCUUGGAGGUUUGCAAGAAGGCGGCGGAGGCAACGGCGGCGGGUGGAGCCAGUUCAGAUGCGGCAGCGACAUCGGAGAUUUGCAAGGCGGCAGAUGUGAUGGUCAAGGAGGUGGCGGCGCGCGCGGAUCUGAUACAGGAGGGGUCGGCGGAGGAGGAGGCUUACCGACCUCCUGUUCUGAUUCCGGUGGCAACAGCUAGGGACUUUGGCGGCAGUAUGCGUGGAUUGACUCAAAGGACUAUGUUGGGAGAUGAUAGCGACCACAUGGCCAUGUUCGAGAAGAAGGCAAGCGUCACGCAAACUGACAUGAAGGAGAAGAGGGGAAAAGCUAAAGAUGUUAGCAUCGACGAGGACAAGUCAAGCGAUGAUGAUGUUGAUAUGGUCAUUGGGGGAUAUGCGCAAGAUCCAUACGAUGAUAGCGGCCUAGAAGAACUCCUACAAGACCAAGACGCACUGGAAAAAUCGAUGUUCCUCAUAGGCAUCAGAGUUAACAUCAAAAGGAAAGCCAUGUUGGUUGUGACCUCCAUAAAUUUGCAGAAUUUCAUCCAUGGCAUCGGCACCGUCUACAAUAACAAUUACCAUUACAACAUCAGCAAAGGAGAUUAUCAUAUCUGAAAACCACAAUCAAGGUCACCUGGAUGGUUAUGGUUGGCACCUCCCUGUACAUCACCUCCAAGUUGAUCCUCCUCUUGACCAACAUGCAUUUCAACUUCUGUAGCCACUGGUUCAUUAAGGUCAGGCACAUCAUGCUCAUCUCCCUCAUCUGCCACUGGUUCAUUAAGACUCAUGAAGUGAUAAGUUGGGAGGGAAACUUGUGAGAAUGGUUCAUUUUGAGCUUUUAUAGGGUAUCUUGUGCUGGGGUGUGCUCAAAUUUGUAUUUCUUGCCGCCAAGCAAUGGUGUUGUUUGAUUCAAAUUAGUUGGCGCGCUGGAUUAGUGGCCUGUACAGAUAUUUGGUGCCCAUGAUUGGUGUACUACUUGUACUACUCUACUCAAGUUGGCUGCAGAUAUUCAACUUGUAUUAUUAUUUUAUUUGUAACUAAUGAUUGGAUGUACUUGUAUUGAGGGCAUUGUUGUCUUUUGUCACU